UGUCCACCCAGAGCAUCCCGGAGAUCUCCACGCUGCCCUGGUUCAUGCUCUUGACGCCCCUGGUCUGCCUCCUGGUCAUCCGCGCCAUCCGGGACCUGGUGGAUGACAUCGGGCGGCACCGGAGCGAUGAGACCGUCAACAACCGACCCUGCCAGGUCCUGAUGGGAAAGAGCUUCGCCUGGUGCAAGUGGAGAGACCUGUGCGUGGGAGACGUGGUCUGUCUCCGGAAGGACAGCAUCGUGCCGGCUGACCUGCUCCUCCUGGCCAGCACCGAGCCCAGCAGCCUGUGCUACGUGGAGACGGCCGACAUCGACGGGGAGACCAACCUGAAGUUCAGACAGGCUCUGGCGGUCACUCACAACGAGCUGAGCACCGUGAGGAAGAUAGCCUCCUUCCGAGGUGAGAGGCCCUGACCAGGAGGCCUUUGGCUGUCCUCGCUGCCAAGAGCGCUGCAGCGUUUUCUUGGGAGUGAAACGUGGCAGCAGCGCCGACACUUCUGGCCUCUCUUCCUCCCUUCCCUCUCCCCACGUGGAUGCCUGGCUUCUAACCCUGCAGGUUUUGACACAAAGAUAAUGAAGAAUUGUGGCAAGAUCCAUUCCAAGAGAACCAAGCUAGACCACCUGAUGAACAGGCUGGUGAUCUUGAUCUUCCUCUCCCUGGUCCUCAUCUCCGUGGCCUUGGCCCUGGCCUUCCGACUGUCGGUCCCGGAGUUCAAGGACAAGCACCACUACAUCUCGGCCACGGUCGGGCACAGUGUGGCCCUGGAAUCAUUCUUCCUCUUCUGGGGCUUCCUCAUCCUGCUCAGUGUCAUGGUGCCCAUGGCCAUGUUCAUGACGGCCGAGUUCAUCUACCUGGGGAACAGUGUCUUCAUCAACUGGGACAUGCAGAUGUACUACGAGCCCCGGGACCUGCCCGCCAAGGCCCGCAGCACCAGCCUCAGCGACCAGCUGGGCCAGGUGAACUACAUCUUCUCCGACAAGACGGGCACGCUCACGCAGAACGUCAUGACCUUCAAGAAGUGCUGCAUCUGCGGCCUCGUCUACGGUCCGGACGCCGAGGAGGAGGCCCGGACGCGCCCAGAGGACGACCCCUACCUCUGGAACAAGUACGCGGACCGCAGGCUGCGUUUCCACAACCGGGAGCUCCUGAGCCUGGUGCGGCGGGACCAGAACCGCAUGGCGCGGGAGUUCUGGCGCGUGCUGGCCCUCUGCCACACGGUCAUCGUGCAGGAGAGCGAGGUCCGCAACCCGGAGGGCCGCGUGUGCCUCUACACCAAGGGAGCCGACACGGUCAUCUUGGAGCGCCUGUACAAGAAAGGAGAGGUGGAGCGGAACACUGAGGUGGCCCUGGAGGCCUUCGCCAAGCAGACCCUGCGGACGCUGUGCCUGGCCUACAAGGAGGUGGACGAGGACACGUUCCAGAGGUGGCACCAGCGGCACCAGGAGGCCAGCCUCCUGGGCCAGAACCGGGCACAGGCCCUGCAGGAGCUCUACAGCGAGAUGGAACAGAAUCUCAAGCUGCUGGGAGCCACGGCCAUUGAGGACAAGCUCCAGGACGGCGUCCCCACCACCAUCGAGUGCCUCAAGAAGGCGAAGAUCAAGAUAUGGGUGCUCACGGGGGACAAGCAAG